CGAUAUAUAGUCAUUUUAUUAUAUACACAACACGUCUGCUGUGGAAUGACUGCAUACUGACUGAUAGCGACAACAACGAUUAGUCUCUCUCUCUGCCUGCUCAGAAGUCGGAGAUAUAGAUGAGUCGAUGAAAUACGUCGGAUAAUAUACGUCGCGGCUCGAUUCUCGACAGCAGAGCGUCUCUUGUAAAUUAUUUAAUUAUUUAAUAAAUUAUAUAUUCCAUGUGUAUACGAGGCGAUGUGAUUGGGCCACGUUGACACGCGCGCGCGCGAGCAGCCCUCGACGCUCGAGAGCAGCCGUAUAUAGUGUUUUUCCCCCCCCGGUGGUCGCUGCUGAUCGCGCCAGAGAGGGUUAGAAAACCCCCCGUGCGUGCGCGUAUAUCAAUUGAUGCCAGUGUCGGAGAGCACACGCUUCUGCUUAUAUAUUGCGAAUUCGCGAAUGACGUUGACUGUACUGCGUGACUUGGACAUCAUGCUCCUGGCUGUGAUCGCGACCCGACGACAAUUACUGCGGCUUUACCCCGGAAGAUAGAGUCAGUUCUGUUUUUUUUUUUUUCGUUUCGUUUCGCGUGCGAAUACACAUUUAUAUAGUUGAGUAGUAGGAGAUACGCCGUGUGUGCUGUGUGCAGUGUGCUCAGUGCUGUGCGAGCAACACCCGCGCGCGACGUCCAAUACAACGACGACAACGACAACAACAACAUCAGUAUCAGCAUCAACCAACGCGUUCGAAUGCCAGCUGCUGAGGCCGAAGACGACGAAGCAGCAGCAGACGAAGAGAAGAGCAUCGGGGGGAGCGACGACGACGGCAGUCCCAGUGGCAGUAGUCGCGCCGCGAGCAGAUAUCGCAGCCGACUGCGCGACCAUUCCAACGGAUUCGUCAUGUCCAACGAGGACAGCAUCUGGCGCGCCGACGGGCCCGGGGUGCCCGACUGCCCCGACAUCGCCCAUUUGCACUCAACAGAGUUGGAGAGGCUGAAGCUCAUAGUGAUCAAGGGGACGAUAUCCAAGCCAAAUUUAACUUUAAACGAAUUGCGAUUGCUUAGCCGAAGCAGCGAAGGUCUAGUUCAUGACAAAAUUAGAAAACUUUUAUGGCCAAAGCUGCUCAAGUUACCGGAGAAGGAAGAUGAUGUAGUUGAAAGCCUAGAGGAUGUACAUAAACUUAUCGAUGGUGAUGUUUAUUAUCAAAUACAGAAAGAUGUAGCUCGUAGUAAUAGUCAUAUGCCAGAGGACACUCCUGACGAGGAGAUGGAGAAAUUCCAGAUGGAAUUGACACAAAUCAUAUGCUGGGUACUGUCUCGGCAUCCAGAGCUCAAUUAUUAUCAAGGCUACAACGAUGUGGCUGCUACGGUUUUACUAGUCAUGGGCUUGCAACAGGGCUUACAGGUUUUAGAAAAAAUUUCUGUGACAUUUUUAGAAAGAUUUAUGGAGAAAACUAUGGAAAAAGUUAAUCAAGAACUAUUUUACAUAUUUGCAUUGUUGGACCGAGAGCAUCCGUUGUUAUUGGAACACUUAGAAAAUGUAGAACUAUUUCCACAUUUUGCUUUAGCUGAGUACACCACGUGGUAUGCUCACAAAUAUUCAGAAAAUAGGAAACUAUUACACAGAUUAUUUGAUUUCUUUCUUGGAAGUCCUCCAUUAAUUCCUUUAUACUUAAGUACCAAAAUUGUUGCCUAUAGAGAUAAGGAAAUAUUUAAUACUACACCAGAUAUGGGCCAUACACAUAAAGUUCUUAGUACGUUACCAGAUGAUUUGCCAUUUGAAAAACUUCUAUAUCACACAACUAAACUGUAUCAAUUAUUCCCUCCUGAUUCAAUUGACAGUGAUGUAAGGGAAUUUGAUUUCAAAAGAAGAAGAAAAGAACAAGAGUGGAAAUCCAGAACAGAAGCUGUACGAAAUGAACGUGAAAGACAGCGUAGUUUAAGAGUAGCACGAACACAACAACCAAAAAUUCCAAUUCGCUUAAGAAAUUACAAGACUUUUACAGUUGUUACUAUCUUGGCUUUUGGUUUAUAUGCAUUCUUGAAAACUUCUUCAGGACUAAACUGACCAUAGCUAAAUUUGAUAUUUUUAUUAUAGAGUCUAAUUUAAUUAUUAUCCUAAGACAGUUAUCCUCUAGUGGAAAAUGUUUAUUUAUUGUAAUUUAAAAUUUUAUCUUAGAUCAAAUGCCAAUUUUGCAAAAUUUAGAUAAUUU